AUGGCAGAUACUCUACACUCCUCUGAUCAACCCACUGCGUGUAGUCCCCUUGAGCAAGAAGUCCUAGACGAAUAUGCGCUCCUCCUUGACAAUCUAAACAAACUCUCCAAUGUCCUCUCCUCUCUCGCCGAGCGGCCGACUGCAGAAGUUUUGGAUGGCCUACGAAUGCUGGAGAGGAAGACGAGUCUGGUGUGCACGUUGCUGAAGGCGAGUGUGUACAGUAUUGUGUUGCAGCAGCAGAUCUAUGGUGGGGAGGAGGGAGAGGGGCAGGGAUAG